AUGUGGAGAACCCUGUAUAUAUAUAUAUAUAUAUAUAUAUAUAUAUAUAUAUAUAUAUAUAAUUAUUUUUCUAGACAAAAUGGUCUUCUAAUAUGCUGUGCAGGAUUUUUUCGCAACCAAGAGACCGGUGAAUGUGAUGAAUGUCUGGUAGGAUACUUUGGUCCAGACUGUAUGCAGAAAUGCUCUUAUCCGACAUACGGAAAAGAUUGUCAGCAAGACUGUUCUUGCAAGGAAUUUUUUUGCGAUUUCGCCAAAGGAUGCAUUUUUCCAUUGUAUUCGAAAGUAUUGCUGGAAAUAACGACGAAAACAGGUCAUUAUAAAGUUAGUCAUGAAAUUAAAUCUGGUAACAAAAAUGUGAAUGUUUCCAAUAAAGUACAAAAAGGAACAAAAAUAUUUCACACAACGCUUAUAUUUCCUAGAAAUACGGAAGAGGAGAAGUUUAACGAAACCAAAUUUAUCAUUUUAACAGGAGUGGUUGUUACAUUAUUUGGAUCUUGUGUUUCAUUUUAUGUUUUAAAAAAACUUUUAGACAGAUCAAAACAAAAAAGAGAUGAGAUCGAAGGAGAUUCUAAGUAUGCAAAUUUACAUAUGGAGUCGAAAGAUAUUCAGACCAAGAUACGUCAUGAAGAGAGGGAAGCAAUUAACGAAGAUGCAGUUUAUUUAUAUCCUGUACUUGAAAAUAGCCCAAAUUAUGAGGAAAUUGAUGAAAUAGAUUCCUUUAAAGAAACCAAAACAUCGGAUAAAUUUGCUGUAUCUAAUGUAUCAUCCUGUUCGGAAAAUGAAUUAGAACUACAAUUAAAAUAUGAUGACAAUCUUUAUUUAACCCCUACAGAGAAACCCUGUCACGUUUAUGUUUAUUUGACCGAUGAAGUCGGAGAAAAUGUGGCUUUUGAAUAACUUAUUUGCAAUAUG